CUCACUUUCGAAUAGGAGAGUCAGCGCGGGAACCGUGCUUGGGGCGGUCGGGGCUAGCACUUGCUGUCAGAUGAGCAAGCCCUGGCUUCCCUUACCUGCAGCAGGAGAAAGGUGGUCUUACUGAAGAAGGCUGUUCCCAAGGUUGCUGCCCACUUGUUCCCCUCUAGAACUUCUGUGGUGAUGUCUACUCCGGAGGCUGAUUUAUCACUGUUUAUUCCUAUUAUACAAACCAAUCCCUUAGCAUGGAAAAUGAGACAAAAUGCGAGUGGCUUUGCACCCUUAAACCAGAAAUAUGGACAGAAUGAUAAGGAAGAAUACAAUGAGGGUGAUGCUCUUCAUCGAGCGUUAGAGCACAUCAGGACUGUGAAGGAAAAAGGAGCAGUGGAGGAGAGACACUUGCAAACUGUGGAAGACAUUGCUUGGAAGUCUGGGUUAGCACCCGAAGACAUUGACACACUGUUAGACGUGGCACUGAGUGGUCCGUUUGACCUACCCAUCCUGCUCCAAUAUCUCAUCCCAACUGCCUUUGGCCUUGUUCAGCAUCCAGCCGAUGGACCAACUCAGUGGGUUCCCAAUCCCACCGCAGAUCACUGCUGGGCAACAGCUGAAGCGGUAAAAACUCGGAUGUUGAAGUGCCUCAUUCCAGCAACUCUGAUACCUGAAAGUGCUGUGGUUAGAGCUUUCUCCAGGCUCUGUGCUAGCAAUUGUUCCAAUAACACAAAGGUACUCUUUUUUCGAUGGUUGAUUGCAAUGUUUGACUUCAUUGAUGGUAAGGAGGAAAUGAACUCUCUCUAUGGCUUCUUUUUUUCCUUUCUGCAAGAGGAAACUAUGAGUUGUUACAUCUGUAACUUCUUGUAUCUGCUGACCAAGAGGGAGAAUGUCAAACCCUUUCGUGUGAGGAAAUUGCUUGAAUUCCAGUCCAAGGUGGGGAUGCAGCCUUACCUCCAGGCUUUGUUGUCAUUGUACAGAUCCUUUUGCCCCGACUUGAUUACCAUUUCUUUACCUCCAAAAAGGAAGUUCUACUUUAAGACAACAGAUAGCAUUUGGCAGGCAGCCGUCUGUAUUGUGAAGGAAAGAAAUCAGAAAUCCCCAUUACCAUCUGUGAAACUAACUAUUGGCACAGCUUAUAGCCACCCUCAAAAAAAGAAAUGGAAUUCUGGCUGUGUUAUCCCAAUGCCCACCAGCAGUCACGUCAGCAAGGAAGAGCAGGACGAGGAAGGUGACUCAUCCAGCCUGGAAGUGAUGCUUAGUGGUCAGAAAUCCUUUCCUUUAGAGCAGCUCCACACGUUCUCCCAGCUCUUGGACAACAUCCAGGACGUUGAGCUUCCAUCCCAGAUGUGCUCAGUGCUCAAGAGUGCUCCGUUACUACACUAUCUGAACUGUAUCCAAGAUGAGACCGUCUGGCUGCGGCUUUCUUACUGGAUGAGUCAAGAGUUAAAAGAAGGAUGUACUUGGUGCAAGGUCAGUAAUUACACAUCUGAAGAAGAGUUCAGGAAGUUUCUGGACAUUAUCAUCAGCGCACAGUGUUUCUUACAGGAGGGCUUUCCUUCCAGUGAGGUGUUCCUGUAUAAGAGCCUGCCUUUGUGGGAUGGCAUCUCUUGUCGAACAGAAUACCUGCAGCUUCUCAGCUGGAUUCCCCUGGGGAAUUUCUCUGAAAUCAAGCCGCUUCUCUGUGACUCCCUGACGCAGCUCUUCUUUACAUCCUCCAUUUAUCAUAAGUGCAGUGUUCUUUAUAGCCUGAAACAGUUGCUGGAGAACUGGCUGUUGUGGCAUGCUAUGAAGGUCAGCAUGAAGUCCACGCUGAGCAUUUCUGCGGACACUCCCAUGAUUGCCCUGAACUCUGUGAGUGAGCUGAUCUACUACGUGGGAUGGCUGUCCACGAUUGCUCUGCGAUUGGAGAAAAACAGUAGUUUCUUACUUCACUUUAUUUUGGAUUUCUUUGAGAUGGUGUCUGACAUGUAUCUCAAUUAUAACCUUCCAUUAGUGGUGAUAUUUCCCCGUGGGGUCUUCUAUCCAGCACUGCUCACCUCAGACAGCAUCGCCCUCAACCGUCUCUGUUAUAUUAUGUACAGGUAUCGUGUCAACCUGACUGCCUCCAAGGAAAAUGCACUGAUAUACCAGGAGAGGCUGAAGUUCAACAAAACCUACCAAGAAUUUAAUGAAUAUGUGACCGCCUUGGUGGACUGCCUGUGGACAUCCACAUCCUUUGAGAAAGACCACUAUCUCUACAUAGAUCCUCAGAUCCUAGAAAAGACUAAAAUACGGGAAUAUAAGAAAAGUUUAAAUCUAAUUAAUCAUCCAGCCUUACUGCCCUAUUCCAUCAACUUUCUGCUUCAGGUAAAAGGAUGGCCAAACGAAAAGGAACUUUCUUUGUCUUCCAUUCAGAAAAAGAAAUGGAACUGGUACUUGGACUAUCUCCUUUUGGAGGAGCUGCAUGGCCUUCACCUUUUCAUGGAGAGCAGCCUCGACAUUGCUGACAGUGCCUCAUCAGCCCACACACACCCUGCUCACAAGACGCCAAAGACUUGCAUGUCAGAGCCCGUUUGAGCUUAGCACAAAUGCAGCUCACCACACGGCCUUCCUUGGGUUUCCAACAGACUGUCAUCAGCAAGAGUAGGAAAGGAACACUCAAAGGAGCCUUUAGUGACCAGGGAGGGAUUUGAUGUAGAUGGCUUGAUUUUUAAAUCAGGAGUUGAUUUCUUCACUUCCUUAGUGAAAAUAUUUUAAUGAAUAGUGGGCACUUAAUUCAGUUCAUCUCUCUUUCCUCCCCACCCCCUUCCU